CUAAAGCUUUUGUCUAAAACAUUUAUCAUGAUUUUUCGUAUUUACUGAAAUAAACGUAAAAAACUAUAAUUUUUAUGGGUUUUUCAUGGUUUUUACCAUAAAAAUCAAGUAGUCGCCAAUUUUCCAGCAACUACGGGAUAUGGUUGCAACUAAAGAAGUAACUGUAACUUUUAGUUAGUUAGAUCGGCCAUUUUUUCUCUCAGUACACGUGUACCGGUGUUACCUUAAUGUUGGAUCGAUAGCCAAGACUCGCGUACGACGUUUCCGACGACGACGACGAGACAUCGCGGAAAGGGGGAAGAAAAGCGGGCCUCGCGACCGCGGUAAAGGCGCUCUCAUGCCUCUGUUGAGAAAUAUUCGCUCGUAAUUCACGCGAGUUCCGUACGUUCGUUUGUUCAUAUGCACGUGCGGCCCACGGGUGGACUCUCCGUAACGUAACCAUCUGUCGUUUGAUAUAUCUGCCGGUUGAUUAAGGCGAAACGAUUAGCUGCGACUUUCACCGCGUUAACGCGCGUCGCCGUCGCGCGAUGGUCCUCUCUACUUCUGACAUUACGUCGGGACCUCCGAGGAACUUUCGAGUUCCCCGUGAAAAUUUCUUGUAGUGAUUCCUCGACGUGCAACCUCCUCGCGGCCCGUUCGGAAAUCCGGCCUGAAAACAAUCGAUUUUACGCCCGCUCUCGCGCUGCAGAAGAAAGCAGUGCUGCAGAGAAGAGAAGAAACUAGAGAGACGGAGUAAAUGCAAUAACGGGCUCUCAUGUGUAUUGGGUUGUUGCGUAAUUUCUGUCGUAUCUCGCGCGCUUAUCCUCGACGCGCAAUAAAUUGUUGUUAGAUCUAUUUGUGAGCUGCGCUGCCAGUUGUGUACUGCCUUCACAAGUUGUAGAUAAUAACGGAACCGGUAUGUUGGUGAGUAAAUAAAUUCCUUCUCAACGUUAUAUAAAUUUUCUAAUUUUGUCCAAAGAGAAAUCGCGCAGCAACCUAAUACAACCACAGAAAGACAAAAAAGAUGUAGCGCUCAUGACCAGAAAUAUUUAGUUGUAAGCAAUGCAGUUGCAUCAUUCCGGUUAUGUUUGUGUGGCGGUAAUGCGUAUGCUUGAUAUGACUCAGUUACUUUGGCAUAUCAACUACAUCAACAUAGCCGUGCGUGAUCUAGUUGCAGCUAGAAAUCAGCUGAGGUGACAUUUACCAUGGAUACACUCUGCUUGGAGCAACCAGAUAUCGUCACUGUAACUCAGCAAUUGCUCUGUGGUUUGCGGCGACCACAUAAUUGGUUGUUCCGUAUUUUACUAUUGAAUCUGGUUGGCACAACCAGAAAGAUUUAUGUGUAGGCCAACCGUACACUGAGAGAAAAAUGCUUGAAAAUUUGUUUGUGGGAUAAAAAAAUUUAUUUCGCAGAAAUCAACUUUAUAUUUCGCAGAAAUAAACUUUAUAUCUUACAAAUGACUUUUCAAGUCUCUCUCUCUCUCUCUCUCUCUCUCUCUCAGCGUAAUAUUCUCUCUAUAUAUUCAAAGUAGGAUCAAGCCUAGUAGAAACAGAACCUCGUCCAGCCACGAGAUAGUAAAUUCAUGUAAAACUUCGUUACUAGCUAAUAAUGUAAUGCUCACUUUUUCUAGUAAUAAAUAAAUAAGUUGGCUGGUAAUUAAACAAACGAGAUUACAGUUAUGAGACGAAAACCCUUAAAUAAUUGCUAGCUAGUAAUACAACGGUCAAUUCUGCUCCUUUGAAAUUUUUAACGUAACCUCAAUUUUGAUUAGCUCUCUAAUUUUAAAAUGUUAGUGACGAUAUGGUAAGUAGACUAUGUAUCUUAGGAUAGACAGAGCGCCAUCUACUCUAUCAUACUCGAUAUGUAAUGGCUACACAAGGCAGCUAGAGUAUAAACUCGAUUCUACAUAUUUCAUUCAUUAUAUUGAAUAAUCAAUAAUAACGAGUUGAUAAUAAUAGCGAGUUAGAAAAUUUGAUCCAACCUGUACUAGCUACUUACCAGCCUCUGAUUCAGGCCGGCUAGUUACAUUUCUACUCGGGUAAGAGUCGACCUAGAACACACAGCUUGCGAAAUACAUAUUUUCUUAUAUUCGCAUGUACAAAAUCAAACGAAUCGUUUCGGUCGGCAUUUUCGAGCCUCUUCGGUAGAAAUUAACAAAAUUGCGCGAGUCCUUUAUGCAGCGGACGGUCAACAUUCUCGAAAACCAAUCGAACCCAAAUCGACCACCGCAUAUCAAGGUGCAUAUCAAUAGCCUAUCAAUUAACUAGAUUUGGCUCUUAUUGGCUGGUUUUACUUAAUUGAAAGAGACGUGAUUGGACAGUUAAAGAAAAUUCGCCGUGAUCGCUUCCUCGCGUGUUCCCCUCUCACCUGCGCUCUCUCCCUCCGAGUCGCUUCAUCGUUGAUUAAUCAUUUCCAUUCUCUUUUCUGCGAAACGCCGAUCUCUGUCGCGGAUAUUGCGGAUUAUCGUCUCGAAUAAAAAAAAAAAAACACCGUAUAACAAGCAGCGCGCGGACGCGCAGCAGAGAAGGCAAUGCUCGAUUCGUUUGACUUACGUAAUCGGGACGAUGAAAAUUCAAAGCGGAUAUUGCAACGAAAACUUUUUCUACGUAACGCAAAAGCGAGCGGCGCUCCACCGCCGCCGCCACCGCGCCGCGGCGUUUCAUUUCGCCAGUAUUGUUCUGCUAACAAUCGAACGAGGACACGGAUAUACGCGGCCUGUGUAUCGACCCUGUUCGUCGUGCGACAAAAGAUAAGAAACGACAACUUCGACCUGUCCCUGAACGUUCCGCAGCAUCAUCAAACAUCGUAUCAUCACGACGGCUACAACAUGUCCGACCAGACGUUUCACACGCCGAGCUUCGGCGACGAGGACUUCGACAUCCCGGCGAUCCACCCCCAUUCGCAUCAGCAACAGCCGCAGCAACAGCAGCAUCAUCAGCAGCACGAUCCCAUGCACGCGUAUCAGCCGCAGAUGAUGCAAGGUAGCGGUAUGCAGCAAUCACCGGACGGCCUGAGCCUGGACACCAGUGGUUAUCAGCAACAGCUCUAUCUGCAACAGGAACACUCGAUGCAACCGAUCAAUGUCAGCUCGGCAUACGGCAGCUCCCAGAGCUCGUACGCGACGAUGAGCUCGCCACGCCAGCAGCAGCACAGCGGACAACAGCUGAUGAUGCUGCAGCAGCAGCAGCAGCAGCAGCAACAGCAGCAGCAACAGCAACAGCAGCAGCAGCAGCAGCAGCAACAACAGCAGCAGCAGCAGCAAGUUCAGAUGCAACACAUGCAGUACAUGCAUUCCCAACAGCAGCCGCAGCAGCAACAGCAGCAGAUGCAGCAGCAGCAACAGAUUCAAUACAGAAGUCCCACCGGAGGCAGUCCCAGCGCUAUGCAAGCCAACAGUAUCCCAGAAGCGAACAACAACACCACGACGAGCGAGGACAGCGACGACAGCACUCCGCAUUCCGGGAUGAUCACGGUGAUGAAACGACUGUCGCCGGAACCGGCCGACGCCGGGGCGAAGAACCAAAGGAAAGCGAAGCCACAGAAGAAGAAGAAGAAGAGGGACCCCAACGAGCCGCAGAAACCGGUGUCGGCGUACGCCCUUUUCUUUCGAGAUACUCAGGCAGCGAUCAAAGGACAAAAUCCAACCGCUACCUUCGGCGAGGUAUCCAAGAUCGUCGCGUCGAUGUGGGACGCGUUAGAAACUGAGCAUAAAAAUGUUUACAAGAAGAAGACCGAGGCAGCCAAAAAGGAAUACCUGAAGGCGCUUGCGGCAUACAGGGCAUCCUUGGUUAGCAAGGGCGCGGGUGAGAACGAGCAACAACAGCAACCACAGCAACAGCAGCAACAGCAGAUGCAAUACAGCGGAUACUCGGGCUACGCCAGUAAUGCCGCUCCUGGGAAUGUAACAUAUCAGGUUUACAGUCCGCAGCAUCAACCUCCAUCGCCUCAGCAACAGCAGCAGCAACAGCAGCAGCAGCAGCAGAUGGCUAUCAACAAAAAAUCGCCGCAUCACUUGGCGAUGCAAGGAAAUCCUCAACAACAGGGUUUAAUGGGCAAUGUGAUGGCGCCACCGCACAUGACGCAACAACAACAGCAGCAUAUGCAACAACAGGUCUCUCAACAGCAAUAUAUGCAGCUUUGUUACAAUUUAUGUUACGUAUAGGUGCCGCAGCAGCAACAGGUACAACAAGUACAGGUGCAACAACAACAGCAACAACAAAUGAUACAUAUGAGUCCACCCAGGGGGGAAUUUAUCAAGUCUGAUGAGACCUUGUCGAAUUCAU